GUGUGUGUGUGUGUGUCAUGUCUGUCAUCACUCUUUUGUGAUUUAGGGUCUCCAAACAUUGUGAGCAUAGCAGAGAUCCUCAGAGCUGCCUGCUCAUGUCUAACUUUAUUGCAGCCUGGAGUGUCUCUCUCUCUGUCUGUCUCUCUCUGUCUGUCUCUCUCUGUCUGUCUCUCUCUCCCCCACUCAUGCUCUGGAGUUGAGGGGGUUGACCAAUUGCCAGCAGCUGUUGCUCAUUUCACAAUGGUCCCGCCCAUACAGUGCCGAGGCUGGCAGUACAGCCGCUCCACACUAGAUGAGCAGCAGAGCCCUUAACUCAGAGGAACAUGUCUGAGUUACGAGAGUCAUGAAGGAGACGCAGAGAGCAGCACGGCACCCUGAAGACUUUCUGCUGAUGUGCUGAGAGAAGCCCAGAGUGGAGCCCAGAUCCUGUUGUGGGCUAAUUAAAUCCCCCUCUUCCUCCUACUCCUCCCCCCCUGGUUGACCAGAAGAAGACAAAAGUGUCCCCCGCGGAGAAUCAGCAUCCUCAGCCUCUGCCUCCUCAUGUUCCUUCAGGUGGAGCAGAGGGCAGGGCGAGCACACACACAGCCUGCCGCUCACACACACCUUGACGGGGAAUGGCGCUCCAGAAGAGGCUGGUCCUCGGCGUAGUGACCGUCAGCCCGUUUCUGUGUGUCUACAUCCUGUGUGUGGUCCUGGAGAGGCCCGUGUCCUGGACCAUCGAGCCCCUGAAACAUUUCCACGGCUUCAUACGGGGAGUGAGCAGCAGCUCCAGAAACUCCACAGAGCCUCUUGACAGCAAGAGUAACAGUGACCGCUGGACCCCUCCACCCUCUGCCUCCACCUUUCACCCAGAGCCCGCGGUUCUGCAUGAAGGCGCACAUGUCGCACAGAUUCUAGCUUCACAGGCUCUAACAUCCACAGCUGCUGACGAACCAGCAAAGAACCAUGUCCCGGGUGUGUCAGAGUCCGGAUCCAGGUCUAAAAUCAGGACCAGCACCAAAGGCCCCACGCAGAAGCCUCAGCGGCCCACACAGGCAGCCAGACCAACAGAGCCUCCCUUCAUUGGAGACACUUACAUGAGUGAAGACGUCCCACCACAAACAGACUGUGUGGACGGCGUCCGAGUUCAGGUCAGUAAAAGUGAAUUUGGUGAGAAGUUUCUGAAAAACAUUCCAGUCCUGCAGUGGGCCCAACACGUCAGCCAUGAGCAGCACCGCCGUCUGAGCCAGUACCGAGGAGCCCACGGCUGGGCAGAGAUCGACUACCAGACACUGCUGGAAACUCUUUCUGUCCUCAACUCUUCUGCGAACCGGCAGCUGUUGGACGACUGGAAGGAUCGCGGCAGUGACUCGGAGUGUAUCCGCUGUGCUGUGGUGGGCAACGGUGGGAUACUGAAGGAUUCAAAGAAAGGGAAGGAGAUCGACAGUCAUCACUAUGUUUUCAGGACCAAUGGGGCCAUCAUUAGGGGCUUUGAGCAGGAUGUGGGCUCUCGGACCACCCACUAUACGUUCUCCACCAACACACUCAUGAACUCCGUGAGGAGCUACAGAGGCGACGGGUAUACAGGACCCCCUGUGUCUAAGGAGACGCGAUACGUUUUCCUGCCAGAUCACGACCGCGAUUACCUGCUGAUGAAGGCUGCAGCGACACACACUCUAGUGGAGAGAGGCGCCGAGAAAGGCAAAGAUCCAUCUAAGUACUUUGGAGCGGAUGUGUCAAGUGAAAAGUUGAAGAUGUACCACCCUGAUUUCAUCCGUUACCUCAGAAACAGAUUCCUUCGUUCUAACGCUCUGAAAACCAAAUAUAGGGACAUCUAUCGUCCCUCGACAGGAGCUGUCAUGCUGCUGGCUGCACUGCACACUUGUGAUAAGGUGAGCGCCUACGGCUUCAUGACCCCAGACUACCAGAAGUACUCUGACCACUACUACGACAGCAGCUUCCACCCGGUGGGCUUCUUCAUCAACCACGACCUGCGUAUGGAAAUGGCUCUGUGGCAGCAGCUGCACCAGGCGGGUCUGAUACAGCUCUACAUGCACGAGUGACGUCUUCCAUCCUCGUCAUCCUCGUCUGCACACGGGUUACCAGCAUGGUGAUGGGGGGGGGGGGGGGGGUUACGAACAUGCCUGGUCUCGAAGUGACUGGGCUCUCUGAACUGAGCAGAACAAAAAGUUUUCUUGAAGUGAAGAAAACAGAGAUUCUGUUUUUAAAUGGACGUGACGGUUCAGGAUGGAGAUUUAUUUAUAAAAAAAACAUUUUUUAUUCUUCUUAAAAACCCAGAAAGCGUGUUUUUGGUGAUUUGCAAGACAAAAUACGUCCAGACAUUAAACUAAAAAUUCUGGUUGCUCAUGGGUCGCCUUAACUUAGGUAGAAAUCUUUAAGGUCUCCAGAGGAUGAAAAAUCACUUCAGUGAUGACCAAAUAUCAGAAACAAAACAUGAGCUAGGUUUGCUGAUUCCACCUGUUGAACACACACAGCGGUGUGCUAUUUAAAUUAUGUGGCUACAAGGAUGGCAAUCAGUCUUACUGCGUGCACCCUCCCACGAGAUGUUCCACUUCUCCACAUUCUGCUGACAUGGUGUGAAAGCAGCGUGGUGCCUGAACACAGCCGAGGGAAGGCGUGGUCCGUCUGUCUGAUCUGUCUGCAGCUUGAGCCGCUUCCAUAAUCGUCUUUUUGGUUUUCCUCUUUUGUCUUAAUCCCUCAUAUUUAGGGUUCAAAUAACAGCUACAAAGUAACAUUCACCAUGUCUGGUCAGGUUCUGUGAGUGCAAAGAAUCAAAAAUGAACUGACUGAAGUUUAGCCUGGUUUACUUGUUUUGACCAGCGAAUCAUCAAAAUCCUGUUUUCUGGGAUGACUUCAGAGCGUAUCGGACAAUCAGUGUCUGGCUGAGUUGAAGUGCAGUUUCUUGUUAGUGUGGUACAGUGUGUUGACAAGGGACAAGACUGCAAUUGACUUGGCCACUUGCUUAAAAUAUCCUGCCUCCCCGCCCUAAAUAGACGGUCAGAGCACUGCUGGCAGUGGCCAAGUCUAUUCUGACAUUUACUCAGACUAAGUUUUGUCUCAGCGUCUGUCUGUCUGUAUUUUACUGUGGAAGGUACCAAAAACCAUGUAAUGACAAAUAUUUGAACCUGAAGUGAAUUUAGUUUAAGGGACUUAACUUAUUUCUUACUUUGUUCUAAUUUUUUAAAUGUACUUUUCUGUUUCUUGUUUUAUUUACAAGGUGCCACACUGUGAUAAUACGAACACUGCGUGGGCUCGACUGGACUUUCAGUGCCUUUUUAAAAAAAAUGUGAAUCAGUAGUUUGGAUCAGGUGAUUCAGGAUGUUUUUACAGGAACACUAAUGAAGAAGUCAGAGGCUUUUUCACUCUGUUUUGGAUUUCAGGACGUUCGCUGUCGUGGAAUCCGCUUAUUCAGCCGCCACACUGGCACUCCUCUGAGCUGUGACCAUGAAGGGUCGGAGUUCGUUCAGAUUUACUGUUGCCGCUCGUCUUAAACUGGACUGAGACGUCACAUCACAUGACAAGAAUGUCCUGAUGUAACCGGACAAGAUCAGUUUUUCUGUAUUUAUCAGUGACAACAUGCUGUAUCACGGAGUCAGAGGGAAGAGAAACCAAAGCUGCAAAUCAGGGAAUAUGUACAUUUAAAAUUUUCAAUACGUAUUCAGGCAGUGAUUCAGAAUUACUGGACAUCUUUGCAAAAUGGAAAUCUGACUGAUGAUUUUGACCUUUUUAAAAAUAUGUAUUAAAAAAACUAUCUUGUG